GAGAACCUGACACCCACAGACCGUCUCUGUCAGCCCACCCGGGUCAUCCUCAGUCGGGUUCCGGGAUCUGGUUUUGAACCGAGUUUGAUUCCAGGACCGCAUCCAGGAGCGGGCAGAGAGGACCAGUCCGCAUCCUCCUCCUCCUCCUCAGCUGAUGCAGCGGAGAAUCGGAGGAGGAUCCGGACACCAGCGUAGUUUUUAGCAGUGUUUCUGGACUCAGAGGGAGAAAAGGCUUUUCUUUUUUUUUAAUCCUGGACUGGGUGCACCUUGGACCUGCGGCAGGUCUGCCCUGCACGGGACGGACCGGGUCUGGUUUCAUAUCAGGCACCUUUAGAGAAGACAUCAAUGCUGGUUUAAUCCCGCGGAAGUCUGAGGCCCAAAUUCUGGCCCCACUUCAGAGGAACGGUGGGUUUUCUGGACCAGGACGUUUUGUGCCGAAAUAAAAUCCCAGAUGAAGAUUCCCAAAAGGCGGAAAAGGAGCGGACGGUGCGCCAGAUAAAUGGCUCUUUUAAGUUGGGAGCUGCUCGUGUUCUGUCUGGCUGGCAGAUGCAUUGCCUAGUCCCUGUUAACCAGGACAACGCCAACAUGAACGGGACGUCCGAGCAGGCCGACAUCCUGCCGCCGAACUGCAUGGUCAAAGACCGAUGGAAAGUGCUGAAGAAGAUUGGUGGGGGUGGGUUUGGGGAGAUCUAUGAGGCCUUGGACCUGCUUACGCGGGAAAAUGUGGCCCUGAAGGUGGAGUCAGCCCAGCAGCCCAAGCAGGUGCUGAAGAUGGAGGUGGCAGUGCUGAAGAAGCUGCAGGGUAAAAACCAUGUCUGUAAGUUUAUUGGCUGUGGGAGAAAUGACAAAUUCAACUAUGUAGUCAUGCAGCUUCAGGGUCGUAAUCUGGCUGACCUGCGGAGGAGUCAGCCCAGAGGAACCUUCACCAUGAGCACCACCCUGCGUCUCGGGAAGCAGAUCCUGGAGUCCAUCGAAGCCAUCCACUCAGUGGGCUUCCUGCACCGCGACAUCAAACCGUCAAACUUUGCAAUGGGACGGCUCCCCUCCACCUACAGGAAAUGCUACAUGCUGGACUUUGGUCUGGCGAGGCAGUACACCAACACGACAGGAGAGGUCCGGCCGCCGAGGACUGUGGCAGGCUUUAGAGGGACUGUCCGCUAUGCUUCAGUCAAUGCUCACAAAAACAAGGAAAUGGGUCGCCAUGAUGACCUUUGGUCAUUAUUUUACAUGUUGGUGGAGUUCGCUGUUGGACAGCUGCCUUGGAGGAAGAUCAAGGAUAAGGAACAAGUCGGUCAGAUUAAAGAGCGUUAUGACCAUCGGCUGCUGCUCAAACACAUGCCUUCAGAGUUUAAUAUCUUCCUGGACCACGUCCUGGCCCUGGACUAUUACACCAAACCAGAUUACCAGCUGCUGAUGUCAGUGUUUGAGAACAGCAUGAAGGAGCGAAUCAUCACAGAGAAUGAACCCUUUGAUUGGGAAAAGGGAGGAAGUGAUGUCACGCUGUCAACCAGUGCCUCCACCCAACCACAGCACAACACCCGACCUACCGCAGCCAUGGUGGGAGCCAUUGUGACGCCAGUUCCUGGCGACCUUCAGAGGGAGAACACCGAUGAUGUUUUGCAGGACGAACAUCUUAGCGAUCAGGAAAACGCCCCUCCAGCACCACCGAGCCGACCCUCUGGGGAGACGGGUGUCCAGCACGCCGGAGAGCAGGGAGAAGGCUGGGAUGACACAGAUUUCAACCGCAAUAGACUCAGGAUCAGUCUGACCAAGGGGGCUCAGGAAGAAGAGGCGGGUCGAGGGGCCUGUCCAGUGUCCCCUGGUCGAGGCGGGGCACCAGAGUCACCAAUAGAUCCGGGACGGUCUUUACGAUAUCGGCGGGUCAACAGCCCAGAAUCUGAUCGUCUGUCUGCAGCUGAAGGCCGGCCUGAUGGCUACGGACAGAGGUCUAGGAUGGACAUCCUCGGCUCUCCGUCUCGUCAUGUCUACUCCUCCCAGCCAGCUCAGAUGUUGUCUGUCGAUCCCGGGUGCCGUGGCGAUCGUCAGGUCAGUGGCCGUCAGGAAUUGUCAGUGGCAUCCGUCGACCAGGAGGCGCACAGCAAUGCCUUUAUCCGUUCUGUACCGCUGGCAGAGGAGGAGGACUUUGAUAGCAAAGAAUGGGUGAUCAUUGACAAAGAGGCAGAACUGCGGGACUUUCUUCCAACCACGUCAGGAACUACUGAUGAGGAGCCUGAGGAGCUACGCCCUCUGGAGGAGCAGGAGGAGAGAAGGCGGCUCAGGGCUGGAGGAGGGGAGCCGGUGGUUCGUCCAAAGACUCACACCCGGGAGACCAGCCGGGGGAUGCUAACGCUAACAGAGGAGGAGGCAUCGAGGAAAAGUGGUGGCAGCCCAGCACAGUCACCCUGUCACUCUCUGCCAUCGGGACGGCCUCGCAGGAGAGAGUCGGAGCCCACUGGACCUCAGAGACCGGUGUUGUUGCCCACUGAGCAGAGUGGCUUGUUGCCUCCCUCUCCAGACUAUCGGACGAAGGGCCAGAGUGAUGAGAAGGAGCAUUUUCACAUCCUUCCUCAGCUGCAGGCCAAGAGGGCUGACUUCCUAACUGUCAUGCUGACUGGUACCUUGCCUCAGCGCCGGAGUUUUACCACACCGGAUGAAGAAGUUCCAGAACCCUCAGGGCCAAAGGAUGACGACGUUACAAAAAGUGAGUCCAACAGCGAGGCGAGUCAGAAAAGUACCGAACGUAGCCAGGAUGCUGCACCUUCAACACUCAUGGCUGAGGACCAGAGGGGCCAAAAGGAGCACGCCUCAGCCGGUGACGCAGACCCAGACCUGGAGGAUGCAUCCAAAACUCUUGUCCUGUUCUCACCAGGAGACACUCGCAAGUCUCCCUCUGGUGGGGAUCAUGCUCUGGAUGGUGAGUUGGCUACACCGUCUGCUCUAACUUCCCGCAACGACCGCCUUCUAGUCGGGGAGGCAAUACAGCCUGAACCUUCAGAGACUGACCAUUUAUCCCCAGCUCUCAGGUCAGACCUGAGGCCUUCCACACCCAUCGCUCCUGCUUCACCUCCCUUCACCAAAGUUGAGCGCACCUUCAUUCAUAUUGCCGAGACAUCACACCUCAAUGUCAUGUCUUCCAAGGAGAGCGACCGGGAAGUCGUUGCCGCCGUGAAUAAAUCAGACGUAGAAGUCGACACCCAUAAGAAUGAGGAGGGAGAACUAAUGACGGAAGAGUCUCCAGAGGAGCCAGUGGAAAACCAAACUCGGCCAGUUGACAAAUACCCCAAAACUGAGAAUGGCCCGUCUACUGUGCUGGCCCAGUCUUUGGAGCCUGUUCCAGAAUCCAUGUCACCAAGUCAUGGAAAUAAUGAUUGGUCACAGGAACCUGCAAAACAACCACCACCCAGUGAAGAGGUUGGCAAACUUAAGACAGCAGAAUCAAAAGUACUGUCUACCAUUAAGCCCAGAAUCCGUAGCCGAAUUCCAGUGCUUAUUUCUGAAGAGGAUUCAGGCUCAGAGCAGUCCUUAUCCCUCUCAGCUCGGGCCCGGCUUCAGCAUCGGGCCAGGCAGCUGGACUUGGCCCACCUGCUGGUCCAGAAGCAGCACAGUCACUGGAUGAGGAGGAGGAUGCUCUCUGGCACGUCAUCGUCGCUGUCUUCGGGGGAUGAUGAGCGUCGAAGAGCUUCUGAAACCCUGUCCACUGCAGGCUCAGAGGAGGACACGCAUACAUCGGAUGAGUCCAGGAGGAGCUCUCGUCUUAAAACAACUAAAGAGCAAAGCUCCAAGGAGUGCAGGAGCAAGAUCCCCAGGCCGGUCACCCCCAUAAAGAGGUCUUCAGGGGGGCUCGCUACUGCUGCUCCUGCUGCUCCAUCCUUGCCAUACUCUACCAAAGUAGUAUCAUCCUUCAUUGAUGGGAAUCAGAAAAUUGGAGUAAACACUCUAAGCACCCAAAGAAAAUCCAAGCCUAUUUCUCCCAGAUCCUCCUCCACAUGUCCCCGUCCCUCAGCUGUCCCUGCUCCAUCUGGCAGCCCUCGAAUGCCCCUGCGAGUCUUGUUUGGUACCCGACGCAGCCUUAGCUCAUCCCACUGCAGGACUGACAGCCCCUCUCCUCAGAGAGUAUGCCCAUCGAGGCAGCCCCUCUCAGUACGAGCCCCAACUGUCCCCAUGCUGCCACCCAGGACUACAACCGCCAUGCGGCGCAGCGCCUCACAGGAAGCCACCACCCAGUCCUCUUCUACCACCAUGCCUGCCAGGACCAGGCCCAAAACAGCCAGUGCAGCUAAGGCAAAAGCAAACACUAGGGAGAAGGUGGUGCUCGCUAGAUAAUACCAAGAAUUUGUGAAUAAUCAGUCUUCGGACCAGCUACGCCUCAAAGGUUUUCACCUUAUUCCAUAUUAGACUGUGAUGCUACAAUGACCUCUUUGAGUUUCUGUUUGUUAAUGAGAACUGGUUCUCAAACAUUUUACCUGGUAAAAUAAAGGUUGGCAUUCAUUUACUAUAUACAGACAUCUUUUCUUUCCAAGGACAGCUGAUUGAACUGACUACAUGGGCUUCCAGUUAUCUUAUUGUUGUACAGGAGCAUUGCCGCCACGGUGCUAUGGCUACAUCUGCUGCUUCCUGCUCAGUCCCUAAUUAGACUGCUGUCUGCAGCUGAGAAUCUCCGAGAAUCUCCAGCAAGUCCAGUCUCAGCUAACACCCUCAGCUUUCCAUGGCUAUAUUACUCCUGUACUAACAGUACCUUACUUGGUUCACAUUGCAUGGUCAAAUAUAUCACAGGAACAUUGAAUCUGUAGCCCCUGCCUAUUGGCCAAAGGAAACAAAGAUUAAAAUUGUUUGAAUGCCCUUAAUACGUUAAUGUGAAGAGAUUCCUGACUAUAUCAUGUAUUCAUAAUGACUGUGGAGAAAGAGAAGAUUUGGAUGUGAACGUAAAUCGCUCAGACGCUUGCCUACACCAUAUGCUGUGACAAUGGGCAUGCUUUAAUCAUUGUUUCAGUGUUUUUGGUUUGUUUAUGCUCUGAAUUGUACAUAAUAGAAUCAUUUCCCAUAAAGACAUCUUUAUUUUUAUCUUGCCAAGCAAAGUAUAAAUUAAGUCUUUAAUCUUUUGUUCCGGUGUGUUGGCACUAUGCCCGUUUUUUUACGCAUGAGAAAAACAGGGUUAACCACGACAGGAAGUUACACCUGCUGUAGGAGGCGGAGCUGGAUGUUGGAGCUCAUGUUGUAUUUGUAUGGGACAUCUGGCACUGAGGCAUGAAGUAAAGUUUUGGUCAUGUGGGA